UUCUGAUGCUGAUGAACACACACACAUUCACACACACACACACACAGCAGUCUGGCAGGCUGACAGAGGACAGAAGGACAAAAGCAAAAAGUAACCUGUUAGAGAACAACAAGGAAAGUUGAAAGAGAGACGUAAGAGAGAAGCUGAAAGGAACAAGAAGGGAAGAAGAGCAGGAACCAGAAGGGAGAAAGAGGUGCUGUGUGCUGUGUUGAAGUGAAACCCCCCCCAAACGAAAACCUGAUUAUUCUUCAGAGGAAGGCGACACAAAGCCACAACAUCGAACCACAAACAGAGGAGCUAGUCUUUAGUCUGUGAAGGAAGUCACUUUUCAUUUCAAUUUUAUUGAUCAGCUGGAGUUUUAGAAAGUGAAAUAGUGUCCCUGUCUGCCAAGAAGUAGAAGCUAGUUAAUUAAACUAAAGCUAAAACCUACAACAGUCCAACGAUGGCCCCCAAGAAGAAGGCCUCCCGUCAGAAGAAGCCCGCCGUGGAAACCAUCUCUCAGGAGGCCGUAGAGACGCCCCUGGUCCCGAUGAAGGUGGAGAGCCGCGGUGACGGUGUGGUGGUGGUGGAGAGCGGGGUGAGGAAGAUCGAGCAGAUGGCGGCGCUGGACAUCGCUCAGCUGAACACCCUCAACCUGCCGCUGCCGCCGCCCGUCAUCAAGCCCGGGGAGAGAGGCCUCGGCCUGGGCAGCGAGCUGACACGACCCCUGCAUGGAAACGCUCUGCUGGAGGAGCUCAGCAAGAUGCGGCAGGAGAAGUUUCUGACGGACCUGGAGCUGGCCUGUAAGACCAAAGCCUUUGACGUCCACAAGCUGGUCAUCUCCUCAAUCAGUCAGUACUUCAGAGAGAUUCUGGCCAAAGACCCGGGCAUGAAGCGCCUGGAGCUGCCCUCGCUGUCACCUCUAGGCCUCGCCAACGUCAUCACCUUCGCCUACCUGGGACGCGUCCACAUGUCCCUCUACACCAUCGGCUGCACCGCCUCUGCCGCCGCCACCCUGCAGAUCCCUCAGCUCCUCAAGAUGUGCAUGGACUUCCUGCUGGCCGAGCUCAACGUGCAGACCUGCGUCUACAUCUGGAACAUCGCUGCCGCCUACGGCCUGCUGCCCGUGUGCGACGCCGCCCGCCGCUUCGUCCUGGAGAACUUUGUGCAGUUCGCCGACACGCCCCUGUUCACCCAGCUGACCCUGGAGCAGAUCUCUGCCUUCCUGCAGGACGACACGCUGCUGUUGCCAUCAGAGGUCACCGCCUUCAAGCUGGCCAUGAAGUGGCUCGACUUCGACGCCUCUCGUCAGGCUCACGCCGCAGAGCUCCUGUCGCUCAUCCGCUUCGAGACGAUCCCGGCCAGCGAGCUGGUGAGUCAGAUCCAGCCGGUGCCCCGCAUGAUGAUGGACCCGCAGUGCCACCGGCUCCUGGUGGACGCCAUGAACUACCACCUGCUGCCCUACCAGCAGAACACGCUGCAGUCCCGCCGCACGCAGGUUCGCGCCAGUCAGCAGACUCUGCUCACCAUCGGAGGUCGACCAUCACUCACUGAGAGAGCUCUCAGCCGCGAGGUGCUGUGGAGGGACCCUCGUGACGGAGGAGCCUCCUGGCGUCACCUGACCCAGCUGCCGGCCAAGAGCUUCAACCAGUGUGUGGCCGUGAUGGACGGCUUCCUGUACGUGGCUGGAGGAGAGGACCAGAACGACGCCCGCAACCAGGCCAAGCACGCCGUCAGCACCCUCAGCAGAUACGACCCUCGCUUCAACACCUGGCUCCACCUGGCCAGCAUGCGUCAGCGCCGCACCCACUUCUCUCUGGCAGCCAGCGGCGGCCGCCUGUUCGCCAUCGGCGGACGCAACGUUGAGGGCCUGCUGGCCACCACCGAGAGCUACCUGCCCUCCUCCAACACCUGGCAGAUGCGUGCGCCCAUGGAGGUGCCCCGCUGCUGCCACUCCAGCGCCACCCUGCCCUCUGGAGACAUCCUGGUGACCGGAGGGUACAUCAACUGCGCCUACUCCCGCUCUGUGGCUUGCUACAAGGUGGAGACCGACACCUGGAUGGAGACCACCUCCCUGGAGACACCUCGCGGGUGGCACUGCUCCGCCACCCUGGGAGGGAAGGUGUAUGUUGUUGGUGGCAGCCAGCUGGGGCCCAGAGCGGAGCGGGUGGACGUCCGCUCCGUGGAGGUCUUCAGUCCAGAGAGCGGCACGUGGAGCCGAGUCGCCCCUCUGCCGCUGGGCGUGAGCACCGCCGGUCUGUCCCCGCUGGGCGACAAGUUGUUCCUCCUGGGGGGCUGGAACGAGGCGGAGAAGCGCUACAAGGCAGCCGUCCAGAAGUACGACCCGGCCAAAGACAGCUGGUCCAUGGUGGAGGAUCUUCCCGAGCCCACGGUGGGAGUGUCCUGCUGCACCCUGACCCUACCGCCUCGCCACGCGCCGCGCCGGCAGCAGCACCGCAACACCCCCGCCCACGAGGACCAGCAGCAGAAGAACCGCAGCAGAGAGAGCAGUGUGGCCCCUUCACAAAUCAUCACGGCAUAGAGACGAGAGGAACGGAAGAGACUCAGGGAGAGGUUCAACCUCUGGAGAACAUCUAGAUCAGAACUGCUCAUUUUUCUGUUUCUGAAAACUAAAAAUAUUUUAUUAAUUUUGAAAUGUAACUCUGAUAAAAAGGAUGAUGGGAAAUUUGGUUCAGACAAGAUUUGACAAAAUUUGGGAUUUUCACCGUUUAUUUGAAACAUUGGUCCUCAAUCCUUCCAGACAAGAUUUUAGGAUUAAUAAAAACAUAUUUACAUCAGACCUCUACAAGAAUAAGAUUACAAUUAGACAGUGUUGUAAAAAGUACCAAGACAGUAGUAAGCAGCAGCGAAUCUGCAAAGUAACUACUAAGUAAAGUUAUAAGAUAAAUGUAAUGUAUAAUAUUUGCCUUCAAAAUGUCGUGGAGUUGAAGUUUAAAGCAGCAGAAAAUGGAAACGCGGUACCUCAAAGUUGUUCGUAAGUACAGCAUUUAAGUAAAUGUUCUUAGUUACAUCAGUGAAAUUCGAUGCCAAUUUAAAAUACACUGAAGAUCCAGAUCCAGAACGAUGGAAGUGUGCUGGUUUUGCAAGAAAUAAGAGAGCUUGCAAUGAUCCAAAGUGACCUCAGGAGGUUUUACACUGAUGGAAACAGGAGUAAAUGUGGAACGAGGGGCAGGUGGAGGUAGAGAGGUGAAGGAGGAGGAGGACGGUGGAAGAUGGAGAGACAUGGGUACAGUGGCUGUCUGUGUUUGAGCGGGUCUGGGUUGAAACAAAAAAAAAAAAAGUCACUGUGAAUCCACUGGCAGUUUGUGUACAAAGAUGUAUUCUGGGCAGAAUGUGUGACGCCCAACUGUGAAGACAAGUGUGAGUGUGACGAGUGAAUGACGGGAGAAAAUUAGCCAAUUCUGACACAAAAACUGCAAAAACUGCAAAAAAAAAAAAAAAAAAUCACGAUUUUCUCACUUCUCAUGAGGACAGUAGACAGAAGCAGGCCGGCAGUAAACAAACCUGCUUUAUUGUUUUAUUUAUUUGAUGGGUAUCUGUCAGGAGUAGUGUAGCUUUGACUAAAUGAAAAAAUAGAUGUAGAACUUACAAAUAAAGGUUUUAUAAGUGCAACGGAGGAGGAGGAGGAUUAAGGUGUGAACACAAGGGGAAGGAAGCGUGAGCUCGACAACACAGGUGAGAUGUAAAAGGAAAUAAAUGUAAAAUAACUUUAAAAAAAUAAAAUUUAUAGGAUCUUUGAUUUUAUAUUCAGUUCCUUGAAAUGCGGAUUAGUUACUGAGGCCCUUUUAAGAUGCUUCAUUCAGGAUUCAUUCACCUUAUCAAGGCACUUUUCUCACUUUAGAUCUGGUGGCUGCAAGAACUUCAGUUGAAAACAUUAAAAAAAAUGAACAUAACUAAUCAAACCGACGUGGAUUGAAAAGCAGUUUCAGUCUUCACGCUGUUGUAGAGAUAUCUACUGGAGUUAGCGUGCUAACCAGCUAGCCCGACCGAGUCGAGAGCUCCUGUGCCAACACCUCCCCUGGUCCCCGGGCUUCCAGUCCCAACUGCUAGCUGCACUGCUAACUGAGCUAACUAGCUAAGGGGAGCUGAAUGUAGCAGCAGUUAGCGGUUGCCAUGUUGAUAUGCUGCCCCCUGUUUGUUUGGACUAUGAAUUUGACAGGUGGCUGAUUCUUAACAUGCUGCACAUUCAGUAAGUGUGUCGUUUAUUGCGAUAAAUGCAUAAUAAUUUAUUUCUGUUCAUGAAGCAACAUAAUAAACUGCUUUUGAAUGUUUAUAAUGCUUUUCUUAUCACUAAUAUAGGGUCAGUGAUGUUAACAUGCAUCAUACAUGGCUUUAAAAGGGAUUUAUUAUCGAUUAGCUAACGUUUUCAAGGAUCGUGAAACUAGAAAAAAUAUGAAUUUCACCAAGAAACCAGGAGAAAAAACAAUGUAAAAUAGUUUAAAAAUGUAUUACAAAAAAAUGAAAAAUGUAACCAAAAAAACCCCCCAAAACAAAUGGGUAGAAAUGUGGGACAAUUUAUUUCUCCUUCACCUGUGUUUCAUUCACCUUCCUCUGACUUCUAAUUUUUACUGAAACUAAGACGAACUACCAACUGAAGAACCGGUGAGACUCCAGCUGUGGAGCACAUUAAGAGUUGAUGAUCAAUAGUUUAUGAAGAAGUACAAUGAGGCUAAUCUGACUCAUUCGAUCGGCUGAAUCCCUCUGUAUUGGUCUCCUUCUUGGCACUGGAUGAGCUCUGUGCUGGUUGGUUUCUGCAGGGUUUCACUGAAUAAAUGCCAAAGUGAUAAAAACA